CUGUAGCAACGCAACUAGCACAGACCGGACAGGCUCGGGAACACCGGAUCAAAUAGAGGCUCUUCACACGAGACAGGUGAUGGCGGUGAAUGUAUUCUCCAUCUCUUCGGCUCUGGAGAACCUGAGUCGUCAUGAGAUGCUGUCCUGGGUCAACGACUCUCUACGGCUCACCUACACCAAGAUAGAACAACUGUGUUCAGGUGCAGUGUAUUGUCAGUUCAUGGACAUGCUGUUCCCUGGCUGUGUCCUGCUGAAGAAGGUGAAGUUCGCAGCCCGGCUGGAACAUGAGUUCAUCAACAACUUCAAGGUCCUACAGGCCUCCUUCAAGAGAAUGGGCGUAGACAAGAUCAUCCCAGUAGAGAGGCUGGUGAAGGGGAGGUUUCAGGAUAACUUUGAGUUCAUCCAAUGGUUUAAGAAGUUUUUUGAUGCCAACUACGACGGGAAGGACUAUGACCCUGUGGCCACACGCCAGGGGCAGGAAGGCACCCCCUCACCCAACCCAGGACCCCAGAGGACAUCUCCCACGGUGACCAAGACAGCCCCCUCCAGGCAGAUCAACUCUGUCUCCAUCCGCAGGGCGACGCCCACUAGAGCAACCAGGCCGUCAGACGCUGAGAUCCUAGAACUGAACCAGCAGAUGUUGGAUCUGAAGCUGACAGUGGAUGGUCUAGAGAAAGAGAGAGAUUUCUACUUCAGUAAACUGAGAGACAUCGAGCUGAUCUGUCAGGAGAAUGAGACCAACACCAGCCCAACACUCUCCAAGAUCAUGGAUAUACUGUACGCUACUGAGGAUGGCUUCAUGGCGCCAGAGUACGACAAGGUGGAGGAGGCGCCACAGGGAGACGAGGAAGAUUACUAAACACACCUCCGUUCUCUUCAUCACUCUACACCUCCUCUUCAUCACUCUACACCUCCUCUUCAUCACUCUACACCUCUGUUCUCUUCAUCACUCUACACCUCUG